AUCCCUCAAACAGCUGUUGAGCUUCGGUUAGAGCGGUUUGUUAUGAUACCUUCAUACAAUUCUAAACAAAUUCGAAGUCUCAUAAAUAUUUGUUUUAUAAAAUAAACUUAAUGUCAAAAAUAACUCUGAAUCAACUGACACACCCACAACGGGUGCGCUUGCUGUACAAAACAAUUCUGCGGCUACAUCGCGGCCUGCCCACAGAACUGCGUGCUCUAGGUGACAAUUAUGUGCGCGACGAGUUCCGCCGGCAUCUCAAAUGCAAUCCAAUGGAAGCACAGCUAUUCAUGACAGAAUGGGCGCGAUACGCUUCUACUAUAACCAAACAGCUGGGCCUGCGGGGCAAGCCAAAAGGGGAGCUGGGCGAGCAACUCGAUCCAAGUGCGGUAGAAAUGCUGAAGGAUGACCAAGUCGUACAGCUUUAUGAGCUAAUGCUGGCCACAAAAGCACUUAAUGGUGAUACAAUAACAGCAGACGAUGUGCGCGGUGCAACACCGAAAUAAAGGCUUUAUUUUCGUUAUUGUUUCUCCAAAA